AUGACAAAUGGCGACUUAAACAACACAGCGGCGGAACGCGCCAGGAAAGAGCUUGAAGUAGACCCAACAUAUCGGAAUCGCUCACUCGCCAUACCCCAAUCUCAGGACGGUGCAGAAAUCCGAGAGAAGUACAGACCUUUUAUUCUCGAUGAAGAGAUAUCGAACAGCGACUGGGUUUCUCAGCUGGAGCUGAGCACAACAUUGAAGAUGGUUGAAAGUCAAAUCCUCAACAACGGUCAAGAUAGGCUCAGGGUCCUUGUAUUGCAUGGCAGCAUGCGCAACCGGUCGUAUUCACGUCUUUUGUCAUACGAAGCCAGCAGGAUACUGUUCCGCCUUGGUUGCGAUGUUCGCAUGUACGACCCAAAGGGACUUCCGGUGAAGGACGACGAACAACACUCGCACCCAAAGGUGCAGGAGCUGCGCGAGCUCAGCAAGUGGAGUGAUGGUCACAUCUGGAUUAGUCCUGAACAGCACGGAAACGUGACAGCUGUGUUCAAGAAUCAGAUCGACUGGGUGCCGCUGUCAACUGGCUCUGUGCGGCCUACACAAGGGCGGACAUUGGCGAUUGCUCAGGUGUCAGGAGGCUCCCAGUCAUUCAACACCGUCAACACUCUGCGAAUUCUGGGACGAUGGAUGCGAAUGUUCGCUAUACCAAACCAAAGCUCUAUCCCAAUGGCGUAUAAGCAGUUUACCGAAGCAGAAGAUGUUGAAGGCGGAAGCAGGCUGAUGCCGAGUGGUAACAGAGAUCGCCUCGUCGAUUGCAUGGAAGAGUUUGUCAAGUAUACGACGGUCAUGCGACCACAUUUCGAUUUGUUCGGUGACCGCUACAGCGAGAGAGAGGAAAAACGGAGUAAAGAAGAGAAAGAAAGGUUGGCAAAACAGAAAGAAGUUGAAUCACCGCCAGAUCUCAAGAAGAUGUAG